GUCGGUAUCUUGAUCAAGAACAAACGGUAGCAGUCUAUAAAUUAUUUAUUUACAAUAAAAAAUGUCUAAACAAAAUGUUCUAUUUCACCCUAUUAUUAGUUCUAUUCAGAGAAUUGCACUUUAUGAGACGAAAGCGAGAUUUUAUCUCAUAGGAUCGAAUAACACUCAAACUAGAUUUCGUGUGUUAAAAAUUGAUCGGACUGAUCCUAGAGAAUUAAUACUGGUGGAUGAUAAAGUGGAAUAUAAUAAACAAGAAAUACACCAGCUCUUGAACAUGAUAGGCUUUGGCAAUAAAGGAACUCGAUCAGUUGGAUUUAACAAAUUGGUGUCUGCUUUUGGAAUUGUCGGAUUCAUCAGAUUUUUGGAGGGGUACUAUAUCAUUCUAGUGACCAAGCGUCGAAAAAUUGCCUUGAUCGGCCCACAUUCAAUUUACAAAAUAGAAGACACAGCUAUGAUAUACAUUCCUAAUGAUACCAGUAGACCACAAGAUCCAGAUGAACAAAGAUAUGUAAAAAUGUUCCUUGCAAUUGAUUUGUCCACUAAUUUCUACUAUAGCUACAGUUAUGAUGUAACACAUACAUUACAAAUGAAUAUGGCUCCACCAAGAAAGCUAGCUCCUGCAUUAUUUCCUGAACCAGUCACAGCAGCAGUUUAUCAUUCUAAUAUAAACUCUAAAGUCAAUGAUGAUUGUACUUGUAAUAAAAAUGAUGAUGAUGAAGACAUAUUUGAGACUUGGAAGCAGCAAUUGCAACAGAGGCAGGAAAAAAUGGGUGAUAAUACAACAAAACUGGAGUUUGGUGUGCGUGCAGUACCUGAGUGGAGAUUUGUUUGGAACAGUCAUCUCUUAUCUGUAGUCCAUUCACAAUUGCAUCCAGAUUGGAUCCUCUACAUCAUACAUGGUUUUAUAGAACAAAGCAACUUGAAUAUCUUUGGAAGACCUAUUUACUUAACUCUAAUAGCCAGACGUAGUAACAGAUAUGCAGGUACCAGGUUCUUGAAGAGAGGAGCGAAUAUGCAUGGUGAUGUUGCUAAUGAGGUAGAAACAGAACAGAUUGUACAUGAUUCUAUGAUUUCCUCGUUUUCUAAUGGCAGAUUCAGUUCAUUCGUGCAAAUGAGAGGAUCAAUCCCAAGUUUUUGGUCACAGGACAUAUCAAAGAUGGUUCCAAAACCAGCUAUAUCUAUAGAUAGAAGUGAUCCUUACGCACAAAUACCAGCAAAGCAUUUCAAUAACCUCAUGCAGAGAUACGGUUCACCAAUAAUGAUACUAAAUUUGGUUAAAAAGAGAGAGAAGAAGAAGCAUGAAUCAUUAUUAACUGAAGUUAUAAGCAAUGCUGUCAAAUAUCUCAACCAGUUUUUACCCCCUGAACAUGCCAUUCAGUAUUUCCACUUGGAUAUGGCAAGGAUUAAUAAAGGGGCUGAUGCUAAAGUACUGGAUAAAUUAUCAGCAAUAGCUCGUACAGUGGUAAAGCGCACAGGAAUAUUUCUAAGCACAAAAGGGUGUAGCGAUGAUAUGGGCAUAGAGGGUCACCAAGGGGGCCGCUUACAAACGGGCGUAGUUCGCGUCAAUUGUGUAGACUGUCUAGAUAGAACUAAUACUGCCCAGUUUGCAAUUGGGAAGUGUGUAUUGGCGUAUCAGCUCCAUGCCUUGGGGCUUAUAGCUGAACCAGUUAUUGAAUUUGAUUCUGAUUGUGCUAGACUUCUUGAAGGUCUAUACGAAGAUCAUGGCGACACUUUAGCAUUGCAAUAUGGCGGAUCUCAAUUAGUACAUAGGAUAAAAACCUACCGUAAAACGGCACCAUGGUCAUCCCACGGUAACGAUAUUAUGCAGACAUUAAGUAGAUAUUACUCCAACACAUUCUCAGAUGCUGAGAAACAGAACACAAUGAAUUUAUUCCUAGGAUUAUUUGUUCCUGAUCCAAGUAGACCAGCUAUUUGGGUGUAUCCCACUGAUUACUAUCUGCAUCAUCCUGAAACUAUGGUCUAUAUCCCUAAUAGGAGAUCAUUAACAAAAUGGUGGGACGAUGAAGUGGUGCGCUAUUUGCCAAAGCCAAGUAAUGAGAUGCGUAAACUGUGUUGCGAGAUCAUCGGUAUGCAAGGUGAUACUGCAUUGGAAAUGGUCGACCCUUACCAGGAGUAUAACCGGCCGUUUGAGUACACCGUGUUUAUAGAAAGUUUUGAGUUUAAGAUGUGUCAUACACUGCGCGACAUAACACCAUCGUUCGCGGAGAACUUGAGCCCGUUUGUUGUUCGCGGGAGGAACCCGUACGCGGUGAAAGGCCCCGCCUCCAAGAACCCAGUUAUUAGCGGCAGAUCCAGCACCGCUUCUAAUAAUUCCAGCGAUUCAAACAGCGACUCUUCGUCAGACGAUGACCUGACUAGUUCCACCAUGAGCUCUCGCCAGCCGUUGUCACCAAGUGCAGUGAUCUCGAAACCUGAAGAGGAAGUCACAUACGAGCGUCCGCCAUUUUUGUUUGUUAAACGAACACUUAAACCAAUUGUUACUGAGCCAAACAAACGGGAUAUGUUGCUGUACAAACGCUACGUGAAUUUCGAAAAACGCUCCAACCCCCGCUACAAGCCUGAUAUACCUAUCGUAAUGACAGUUAACAGUGCGUUCACCAUCGACAGUUCUGUUGAUACCAUUCCACCAACCAUCACAAAGGCUUCUAAGGAAAUCUAUAUUGACUAUGUUCAACGAAGUACGGGAAAAUUAACUGUGCCUCUGGAAUCUUUGCAGUUGUAUAAAAGUUAUGUUGAAUUUAGCCUUUAGGUUAAAUUUAUUAAAUAAUUAUUUAGGAAAAAGUCUAUAAAAGUAGCUGUAAAAAUGUUUAUUUAUUUUAGUAUAAUAUUGUUAUUUCUAAGUUAUUUCUUAAUAUUAAUUAAUGUAAUAUGAAUAUUAUUCGAAAUUUUUAUCUAAUUAUAUUAAAGAGAUGAUUCUGUGAUUCAAAUACAAGGUCAA